UGUCAGUCGGCGAAUUUGCAUAAAAGUCACCGACGCAUCGGACCUCUCAACCGCAAGGCUUGAAUUCAACCAUCUCCUCUUCUCUCUUUAUGACACUCAUCAUUGCAUUGCUAGCGAUCUCGAUGGAUGAUGUGUUAUAGAACCCGGUGAUUGCGGCUCUCUAAUCCUCCGUUUCAUCUUCAAGCGUCUCCGACCCUUGGCAAGACUCGCAACGCUGAACAUGGACUCGAAAGGCAGUGACGAUGAGAAGCCAGUAGGGUCCAAGGCAAAGGCAAAGGCUCGUGGUGCUUUGACGGUGCUAUGGAACGAGAUCCCCGCCUGGCUCCAGGACAACCAUUAUAUCCAUAGCGGCUACCGCCCGCCGUCGGGCUCCUAUCGCAAGUCCCUCUCCAGCAUCGGCUACCUGCACAACGAGAGCGUCAACAUCUGGACACAUCUGAUCGGUGCGAUGCUCGCUGCGGUCGCUGGCGUUGUGAUGCACUAUGCCAUCCGGCCGCGCCUGGCCAUGGCUACUGGGGAAGACGUGAUGGUAUUCGCGUGCUUCUUCCUCGGUGCCGUGGGAUGCUUGGGCAUGUCGGCCACGUACCACACGCUGUCCAACCACUCCGAGGCCGUUGCGAAAUUUGGGAAUCGGCUGGACUACAUGGGCAUUGUGCUGUUGAUUUGGGGCAGCUUCAUCCCCUCCAUCUACUACGGAUUCAGUGCUGAGCCAGCUCUCAGACGCACGUAUUGGACGAUGAUUACCACGAUCGCCGCGGGCACGAUUGUGGCCAUUUUCUAUCCCAAAUUCCGAUCGCCGGAAUGGCGACCACUGCGGGCGGGCAUGUUCGUGGCUAUGGGCUUGAGUGCCGUCUUCCCCGUGCUACAUGGCCUGCAGAGGUACGGCUACCGGCAAAUGGAGCAGCAGAUCAGUCUGUCGUGGAUGGUGGGCCAGGGCGCGCUGUACAUUGCAGGCGCCGCGAUCUACGCGGCGCGCAUUCCGGAGAAGUGGCGACCCGGAGAGUUUGAUAUUUGGGGCAGCUCGCACCAGAUCUUUCACGUGCUGGUGGUGUUGGCGGCGGCGGUGCAUCUGGUGGGCCUGGUCAAGGCCUUUGACUACGACCAUCGACUACGCAUGGGGAUGGUCUCAAGCUAUCUUCACCUGGGAAGCCUGAGGGGCGCGUGAGAGACGUUGGUGGAGGUGAGGAGUCGGAGUCCGGUGUAGGGAAGCCUCGGCAGCGGAGCGCAGGCGCGCGAGCAAAGGCCUCGUUCUAAUCUCGUUCCCGGUACCUGCGCCGGGAGGAUGAGAUGGCGACAUUACUCCCGGCGCGCUAGUGCGGAGCGGCAGGACGAACGAUAAGGCAUGGCAUGGGCGUCCAAGAUGAACCACCCAUGUCUACGUCCAUGGCGCCCAGCAGCUUGCAGGUGUCACCAGCAACACGCAUCAUCAUCGCCUCUGGAGUUCGGGAGAUGCAGGAAGCCUGCCGCACGCAUGACAGUGGCAUUGUUGGGGCAGCGAUGAGACAUGCGAGAAUCUUAAUCAUUCGUCACUGCCGCCCGCGCCAGAAAUAGCCGGGCGGCGGCCGGGAUCUUCCCUGCUUGAACCUAGUUUGCCC